AUGAAGGGAGAUAAGAGUAGCAAAAAGAGAGAUCUGUUGGAUAAGCUGUCAGAAUCCCUUGACCUAAUUGCUUUAAAAUGCAUUACACAUCAAGAAGUAAAAAACGAAACAAAUGGAUACCUUGAAUUUGCAAAGGAAAAUUGCAAAGACCAGGGAAAAGCUGCUAGUGCUUUUCUUGAGAAAAAAACGAAAGACAAGGAAAACUGGGUGAACAUGUAUGUUUACAAACAUGCCCAUUUUGGCAAUUGUAUGUCGGACUGUGCAGAAAGUGCCCAUGCUUCUCUCAAGCAUUCUCUUGGUACUUCCUCAGGUAAACUGAAGACAGUUACCCUUAAAGUAACAAAGUGGUAUGACGAGUUGGUUGCAGAUCGCAAGCAUCGGCUAAUGGUGGAAAGCCUUGGAGAAGGAACAAAAAUUGUGUUCGAUAAAGUCAAUGCCGCCAGACUAAAUGACAUUCGUCUUAAAUGCAAAUGCCUCAUACAAUACAACUACCUGCUUCCUUGUUACCACACACUUGCCAAAUUCGAUACUAUCCCAAUCUCCUGCAUCCCAAGACGCUGGAGAAAAAACUCUCUAGAAGGAGAAAUACCCCCAAACAUCAACAAUAUCAAACCAAUAACCCCAAAAUUCAACUAUGCUCUUGAGCUUAUUUGCAAACAUUUUGCCAAUGCUCAGAGCAAACAAGAACAAAUCAAUAUAUACCAAUGGAUAGAAAAAACUUUGAAACAAAUCAACGCACAGAAACUCAAAAACCUUAAGGGCCCAACAGUAGUUGAAGCCAUUAAAGGCCGACCAAAAAAUACCAAGCGCAAGAUGAUUGCAUUAGGGCAUUGCAUCAAUACCGAAAAAGAAAAAAUCACAAAAAAAAUUAAAACAGAAAAAGAACAAAAAAAGCAAAAAAUAUCCUCAGCUAAAGAGCAAAAAGCCAUAAAAAAUAUUAUCAACCUUGGGUUACUAUGCGAUCCCACAUUACUAACAAAUCUCACAAUCGCACCAAAACAUAUAUCAACAAUCUUUUCUCCUGAAGCAGACGGAAAUUGUGGGUACAGGGCGAUAGCAAUGGAAGUGUACCAGGACCAGGAGGAGUGGUCAAAAGUAAAAGACAAAAUGCUAGAAACAUUUUUAAAGCACCAAAACAACUACUACCACGGAAGAAUGGAGCAUGGCAAUAUGCCUGCAUCCAAUAACCCACUAAUUCGCAGUCUCCAAGACAAGCGCUCACCUCUCCCCCAGCAACAUUGGUUCAGUACAAUCGACCAUCCUCAACUUGUAGCCAAUACAUUUAGCAGAGCAGUGGCUGUAUAUUGGAAUACUCCAAUUGAAACAGGCGACUGUCUUUUUGUUCCAUUUGCUACCUUGCCAGAAAAAGUGGAACCAAUAAUUAUUAUCUUAGAUUUCUUCAAUUUGCUCGCUUUUGCAUGUCUUAUCAGUGUCCAAUUUGUUGGUAACACUCCUAAAAGUCAAUUAUAG